AGCACAGGAGUGGGAGAAGAGUACUUAGCUCACGGCGCAAAGCCCCAGGACGACGUGGAGGAACUACUUGCGACUUCUUCUGAGAGGCUAAGUUGCAGGAAUACCAUGGCUGGCGGCGGAGGGUCUCGGCGCGGGAAUUGCAACUAUUGCGUACCUCCGGGGAACUGGCACGGAAACCUGCAUUACCACUGGGGGCGUUCCGUCUGCGCUCUGGUAUCCAACAAAAAAAGAAAAUUGUAGAUGUUGCAAUUUUGUGAUGCGCAACACGCGAGGUGCUUGCGUCUGUGAUGCUGGUCUUGCAUUGAAGGUGCCAAUCAAGUGCGCUUUCGCAUGCUAUCUGCGCAGGACAGAAUUUGCUGUCAUGCUAAAGAGAUUUGUAGGGCUGUUCCACAAAAAACGUUACACCUCCAAUGUUUUUUUUUUGAUAUCUGGACUACUGCAGUUUUUGCGGAAAGCCUGUUGCCGACGUCAUGACGGAAAUCGGUAAAGGGGAAGCAAUAUGCAUGGCAAAUAGGUCUGGGCCUGCAAGGAUGCAAACUUCUGAUGCGCGUUUCAGAAAAGCAAGCACAAAUCUCUCAUGCAUCGGCAGCAAAAGUAGUUGCCCACUUCCUGUCACCGAAAUAAAUAAACGACUUGUCAUGCGGCAUAGGCAUUGCGAAACCUUUUCGACUAAAUUUGUGAUGCUACGGCUACCGUGGCAGGUCUUCCGUGUCAUACCAAAACAGGCUGCCGAUGACUCUUCCAGACCCAGACAUAUUUCUUGGCAUUUGAUAAACAACGGCCCGGUCCUGGCACAGCAGGAACUUUUUGUAAGACUUCGACUUGAUCAUGGCACGGCGAUGACAGCGCAGGCAAAAGCGCAAGAGCAGGCGCAGCACCGGCUUGCAGCUCAGGACGUACAGUCCUCGACGUCGCAGACCGCGAACAAAUUGGGCCACCACGUGCCCAAGGCGAUCGAGCGUCUAAACGCCGUGGGGAGUGAGCUCGUGGGCGUCCAACAGACGUUAGCCGCGUACGGGAGCGCACUCGUCCCGCCGGAUUCUGGUGCUAUUCCGCGCCGCCUGCGGCAACCCUUGCGAGUUGCGCCGCCGGCCCGGCGCGCUGUUCCUUCAGUUGCGCCGGCCGCCCGCGGGCAGUAGCCGGCCCCCUGGCUUGGGCCUAUUUGCUCGCUCGGGGCGCGCGAUUCGCCCGUGGCCACCAGGCCCGGCCCGCGCGAUCCGCCUACUUGCCGCUGAUGAUUCCGCGAGGCCCUUGCAUUUGAGCCUCCACCGCCGCCGCCGCGCAGCGCAGGCGCUUGCCGGGCAAGCUUGCUCUUGCCCGCUGGCCCGGCCUUGGGGU